GCUAGAUGCACACACGAAAUAUAUUUACCGGCUUAUUUCCUCUGGGGCACAAAGUCGUGGGUUAGAGACUGGCGUGAAGUGAAUUAGCCUAUUGCGUAGGCAAAACUUACAAAGACAGAAGAAACGUUUUGGGUAUCACUUCAGCUUGCGCGAGCACAACAAUUAAUUGCCUGCAGGAAAGUUGUGAUGGACUUUUGAGAGAAGAACACAACUUCGUUUGGGUUGCUCUUGAAGAAGACCCUUUUGUUCACAGCUAACGUUAACGCAGCGUUUAUUGUUUUGUCGUUUUCAAUCAUAAUUUGAGACAAAAUGAAACACUGACCGCAACUGAAGGAGAGAAGACUUUCGAAGAGCAUCGCUAGGGACAUCUUGACUUAACUUUACUGUUAUCACACCACAUGGAUUCCGGCGGUAAGCAAGUGACCCUUCAGCUGUUAUUGGCUGUAGGAACGGCUGUGAUCGGUUCCCUCCAGUUUGGCUACAACACCGGUGUCAUCAACGCCCCUGAAUUGAUUAUCAAGGGGUUCUACAAUGAAACCUGGUUCGACAGAUAUAAUGUUCCGAUCACCAAGACCAACCUCAUCACGCUAUGGUCCGUCUCUGUGUCCAUGUUCUCCGUGGGAGGGAUCUUCGGUUCCUUCUCUGUGGGUGUGUUCGUCAACCGCUUUGGAAGGAGGAACUCCAUGUUCAUGGCCAACGCUCUAGCCUUCAUCUCCGCCGCCCUCAUGGGAUUUUCCAAGUUGGCCGCCUCCUGGGAGAUGCUCAUCAUUGGCCGCUUCGUCAUAGGCCUCUACUCUGGCAUGUCCACGGGAUUCGUGCCCAUGUACGUGGGCGAGGUUUCACCCACCUCCCUCCGAGGUGCCCUGGGUACCCUCCACCAACUGGGCAUUGUGUCUGGCAUCCUGAUUGCGCAGGUCUUCGGCAUGGAGAGCAUCAUGGGUAACGCGUCGCUCUGGCCCCUCCUGCUGGGCUUCACCGUGGUGCCGGCCGUGGCCCAGUGUGCCCUGCUGCCCUUCUGCCCCGAGAGCCCGCGCUUCCUCCUCAUCAACCGCAACGAGGAGAACAAGGCCAAGAACGUUUUGAAGAAGCUGCGCGGGACGUCGGACGUGAGCGCGGACAUGCAGGAGAUGAAGGAGGAGAGCAGGCAGAUGAUGCGGGAGAAGAAGGUGACCAUCCCCGAGCUCUUCCGCUCGCCGCUCUACCGCCAGCCCAUGAUCAUCGCCAUCAUGCUGCAGCUCUCCCAGCAGCUGUCUGGCAUCAACGCCGUGUUCUACUACUCCACUAGCAUCUUCCAGAAGGCCGGCGUGUCACAGCCUGUGUACGCCACCAUUGGAGCUGGCGUGGUCAACACCGCCUUCACCGUGGUCUCGCUCUUUGUGGUGGAGCGUGCCGGGCGGCGGUCCCUACACAUGCUGGGAUUGGUUGGCAUGGCUGCCUCUGCUGUGCUGAUGACCAUCGCUCUAGCUCUCCUGGAGAAGCUGAAGUGGAUGUCGUACGUGAGCAUCGUGGCCAUCUUUGGCUUCGUGGCGUUCUUCGAGAUUGGCCCGGGGCCCAUCCCCUGGUUCAUUGUGGCCGAGCUCUUCAGCCAGGGACCCCGGCCCUCCGCCAUGGCUGUGGCCGGCUUCUGCAACUGGACGGCCAACUUCAUCGUGGGCAUGGGCUUCCAAUACGUGGAG